AUGAGCCAAACGGAGAUGGAGUUGUCAGGGCCAGGGGUGGCUCAGCGUUCACGAACGGUGAAGAAGAAGCUUUGGGGGGGACUGCGGCAGCAGUGGAAACUGCUGGGACUGUUUGAAAUCGACCAGCAGCAUGAGUUCUACGGUCUCACUUGUAUGAUGAAGGAGGGGCUGUCUGCUGCCGUGCAAAACACAAUUGAUAACCCUCUGCCUGAUGAACUGUCAGACACUGAUUAUAAAAUGGAAGUCACACAGAUUCAUAAGGAUUUUAGGAUGGAGACAUUUGCUGGGCCUGUAUUUGCAAGUCUGCGUCGUUCUUUGGGGAUGACAGAGAAAGAAUACCAGCAUUCUCUCUCCUCAAGUGGCUGUUAUCUUCAAUUCAUCAGCAACUCUAAAAGCAAAGCAGACUUCUUCUUAACGAACGACAAGCGUUUCUUUCUGAAGACACAAAAUAAACGAGAAGUUCAGUUCCUCCUCUCCAACCUAAGGAUUUACAUGGAGCAUCUGGAGAGAUACCCACAUUCUUUACUUGUCAAAUUCCUGGGAGUCCAUCGUAUUAAAAUUCCCCAUCAGAGGAAGAAAUACUUCAUUGUCAUGCAGAGUGUCUUUUACCCUGAUGACAGAAUCUGUGCCAGGUAUGAUAUCAAGGGCUGUGAGCUGAGUCGUUGGACCGAACCAGCGCCAGAAGGCAGCCAGGUCAUUGUGGUUUUGAAAGACUUAAAUUUUGAAGGCCAGUUCAUCACACUGGAUCAGCAGCGUGCGUGGCUGGUGCGUCAGGUGGAGAUAGAUACUGCGUUUUUGCAGCAGCUGAAUGUGUUGGAUUACAGCCUCCUGUUGGCCCAUCAGCCCCUGCACCAGGAUGAGCGUCACCAGAGCCUCUCGUUCGCCACACUCAUCAUGCGCACCAAAAAAUCUGUGAACGCUGGAUCAAGCCCCACUCAUGAGGGAACACCCACUGUCCCAGGGGUGGUGCCUGAGGAAGACUCCACUUUGCUGGUGUCAGAGACAGACACUGGGGGUUUGACAGAGUGCCACAUCAUGGAAAUGCAUGGUGCCAGUGGUCGGGAGGACGCUGCCAGUCAUCACGGAGAGUCGAGCCGAUUUGGUGCUGAUUCUGCAGAACUGAGGGAGUUCCAGGCUCAGAACCGGAGACUCCUGCCCAACUUUAAGAACCCACUGCAUGUCAUUGAUGGACCAGAACACCGUUACUUCGUCGGGAUUAUCGACAUCUUCACCGUUUAUGGUUUUAAGAAGAAGCUUGAACACCUUUGGAAGAGACUCAGAUACCCUGGCCAAAGCUUCUCCACUGUCAGCCCCCCAGCUUACUGCCUACGACUGUGCCAGUGGGUACAGGACCAUGCCAAAUAG